AUGUCUGCCAGCCCUUCUCCAGCUGCCGGUGGUGACACCAAGCAGGCCGAUCAGAUUCACUUCCGAUUCUGCCGCGAAUGCUCCAACCUGCUUUACCCCAAGGAGGACCGCGCCACCAACCAACUCAUGUUCACCUGCCGCACCUGCCAUGUCGGUGAACCUGCCAGUUCCUACUGUGUCUAUCAGAACAAGCUCAACAGCCAAGUCGGUGAUACCGCCGGUGUCACCCAGGAUGUGGGCUCCGACCCCACGCUUCCCCGUGCGAACAAGUUAUGCCCAAGUUGUGGUGAGAAUGAGGCUGUAUUCUUCCAGUCCCAACAACGGUCUGCCGAGACUGGAAUGAAACUCUACUACGUGUGUUGCGCGUGCGGUAACGUUUUCAUGUGA